AUGGCCAUGGAGGCAGUGCGGGAAAGGCGCGGAGCCUUUGCCCGAUGGGCCUCCCAAGAGACUGAAGAGGUGAUGACCGAGGCCACCACAGAAGUCGUUCCUGAAGGGUUGGAUGUGAAGUUUGUUGAUGAAUGCUCCACCUCGGCUGAGGAGGAUCAGCCUGAUGAGAAGGAAGCACUUCGCCAGUAUUCUCUGAAGUUUGGCGAAUGUCGCGAUGGCACCGAUUCAGGCUACAACCGCCUGUCCUUUCCGUGGUUUGAGGGUCCGUCCCAGAAGAAAUGCGACAGCAUCCCCGCAGAGGCAGUGCAUGCAGCUUUGGCAUCGAAACCCAGAGCGAAGAAGAUUACGAAGCAAGACUUGUGGGAAGUUGACUCAGAGGGAGAAGAGGUGCCUCUGUGCACGCGCUGUAGUUUGCCGGUGGGCGAGUUCUCGUACCAGGGCCGUGAGGGAAGGCAGACGUGUGUGCACACCGAGUGCAUGGCCCAGAUUCUGAGUCAGGAUCGACAGGUAGCAGAGGACAACAGGGCAAGACGUGAAGACUUGAAGAAGCAAAAGAACCGUCAGGAGUAUGACAUCGGCUGGCGAAUGGAGAGUGUCCCCAAGAACGUGCGUUUGGCAGAGCGCAUGGGGUGCAGCCCGGCUCCACAAGGCUUGUGCUGCUUGGUUCUGGAUGAGGCUUCCCGCACAGUGAAGGUGGCAGCAACCUUGGAACCAUCUGCUGCAAUCAACUUGGAGUAUUUGCUGCUGGCACUCAAGGUCAGGAGAAUGGAAAAGCGGGAGCCACUGUUUUCCUUGGACCCAGUUGACCCGCACAACUUGGAGAAGACUCCGCAGAAGAAGGUCUAUGAGCCCAGUUGGCUGGCUGGCACCAGCGUAGGAGAUGUCAUGUUUCAGGCAGACUACUUUCUCAAGGAACUGGCUCUUGGUGAGUAUUCGAUGCCCGUCGUAGGCAUGCUGAGUGUCUUCGACUGGUCUGAAAUGACCAUGAAGCCGAACAAGGGAUGGGCAGGGCGCGAGUGGUUUGUGGUGAGGAAAGCAGAGGUGCGGAUGUCUGGGGACAAUACCCUGAUUCCGCAUGUGAAGAUGGGAGUGGAAGCCCGAGAGCAGGUGGUAACACCCAAGGGAUUGGAAGAUGCAGCAGUCACACUUCCACAGCACCCGCUGAAGAAGUUCGCAGAUGCUUUCACCAGGAACUUUGACCUGAUUGCUGAGCGCAAGAGCGUAGUGUUCCACUUGCGGGAGCUCGCAAAAGCCUCGGUGAUGGCAAAGUACCUGAUUGACUCUAAGGCUCGCCUUGACCCUACCUGGUAUCAGAUCGCAGAUGACAUUGUGGGAGCCACGGAGCCAGAAGCUUACCCUGAGAUACCACAGCUUUGGAACAUGCGUGGCAAUUCGCGCAUUCAGCUGAAGGACGGCAAGCUGGUGGAUGUCAUCACCGGUGGCUACAGCAAUUUGCAGGCCAUCUACGGUGGUGUGGAGUUUGGCUUGGAUCGAUUUGAGCUGACGCAGCGUCAUGCACUUCAGGGCCAGCAGAAGCCUGGGGUUCCCUUGGCGCAGUCCGGCCGCCCGUUGUUCAUGCCGCAACGAUUCCAGCUGGGACAGCGCGCAGAGAUGCCACAGGGUGUGGAUUUGAACUUGGACAAGUUUUCCCUAUCUACUGAGGAGAGGUUUGUUGGUCGACUGCCGCCCUGCAGUGGUGGCCCCGAAUCCAUGGAGGGCCGCUCCCAGCUUGGAAAAGCUUUCUUGCAAAGCUUGCAUCAACAGACCUGGCCCGGCAUGAAAGAGGAGAACCAGAAGCUGCUUGUGGACAUCUACAACGUACCCCAGUGCGAUCGCACACAGGAAGGAGACAGCUUCAUUCCACCAGAUCCAAACAUGGAAUAUGUCACCAAGGUUCGCACGUUGGUUUCUGAGGAGGAGUCCACACGUGACAGAAGAAAGCAGCGUUUCGCAGACAAGACCUUUUCGGUUGCCAAUCCUGGUCCUGAUUUUCCACGGGCUUGGACCUCUCGCUUUCAGGUGGAGACAGACGGUCGCAUUUCAAAGACAGCUCCGACGAAAUUUGGCCUUGCAAAGCUUGAGGUGGACUCCGUCUUUGAACAGACUCUUUUGAAUGACAUCCUCCCAAUGGCAGCCCCGGAGUUCAACAAGAUCACAGAGGAUGGAGUUGCCUUUCGCAUCUACAAGAUUGGAAGUUUGGAGGUGCGAAGCAUCCAAGAGGCCGAAGGCUCCGAGAAGAUCAUGGUGGUCUUCUCCAGUGGCGUUGAGUCCUGGAAGACCAAGAGCCAGUGGCAGGGCUCUGCCUCUAGGGAGAAAGUGUGCAAAGUGAGAAUGUAUGUGGAGGCCAUGGAACAUGAAGCUGCCCAUGGUCGUACUGGGCGCAAUUUCUACUUGGUCCUGGAAACGGAAGGGCAGAGCUGCUUGGUGACGGAGUUGAGGGAUGGUUCUGCAUCCUGGCUCUCCAACCCCAACAACUUGGAAGAUCGGAACUCCUUGGCGAAGCUGCUGUUCCAAGCUGAUUGCAAGGAUGCAGUCUUGGUGCCAGAUGUGAAGGCGUUCCAGAAGAGCCUUCAUCUCAAUGCAGGUGACAACAAGAAGUAUGCCAAAGCGAUCUUCAAACAUAUCGCAGUCAAAGAGAUGUCCGGAAAAUGGGGAGGCAGCAUCAAGCAAAGGAGCACCUCCUCGUGGCUUGACAGCAUUCAGCGGGAGAUUUGGGACGGCAGUCUGGGGAACAUUUUGGAUGCGUUGAUUCACCACGCUGCGCAGUCCCCAACAGAGAUGCCCAGUGUUGAGGCAAAGGUGAAGCGCAGAGGCUUUUCUCAAUGGGCCUCCAAGGAUGCCGAGGUGCUGCCCAUGAAGACAAAGUCCAUCAGUUCCACCAUCAGUUCCACCAGUUCCGAGACCGCUGAGACGGCGCUGUCCAAGGAGGAGACCGUGGCUUCCUGUGAUGCGAUCCUGGCUGAAAUCGGCGUCGAUGACGAGAAGGAAGCUCUCCGGCAAUACGCGGAAAAGUUUGGUGAGUGUCGAGAUGGCACAGAAGCAGGCUAUACCCGCACGGCCUUCCCAUGGUUCAAGGGCCCAGCUCCAAAGAAACCAGACACAGUGUCAGCGGAGGUGCUUGAGGCGGCGUUGACCAAGCCAAGGGCCAAGAAGGUCAAGCAGGAUCUCUGGGACCUGGACUCGGAGGGAGAAGAGGUGCCUCUGUGCACGCGCUGUAGUUUGCCGGUGGGCGAGUUCUCGUACCAGGGCCGUGAGGGAAGGCAGACGUGUGUGCACACCGAGUGCAUGGCUCAGAUUCUGAGUCAGGACCGACAGGUGGCAGAGGACAACAGGGCAAAACGUGAAGACUUGAAGAAGCAAAAGAACCGUCAGGAGUAUGACAUCGGCUGGCGAAUGGAUAGCGUCCCCAAGAACGUGCGUUUGGCAGAGCGCAUGGGGUGCAGCCCGGCUCCACAAGGCUUGUGCUGCUUGGUUCUGGAUGAGGCUUCCCGCACAGUGAAGGUGGCAGCAACCUUGGAACCAUCUGCUGCAAUCAACUUGGAGUAUUUGCUGCUGGCACUCAAGGUCAGGAGAACGGCAAAGCGGGAGCCACUGUUUUCCUUGGACCCAGUUGACCCGCACAACUUGGAGAAGACUCCGCAGAAGAAGGUCUAUGAGCCCAGUUGGCUGGCUGGCACCAGCGUAGGAGAUGUCAUGUUUCAGGCAGAUUACUUUCUCAAGGAACUGGCUCUUGGUGAGUAUUCGAUGCCGGUCGUAGGCAUGCUGAGUGUCUUCGACUGGUCUGAAAUGACCAUGAAGCCGAACAAGGGAUGGGCAGGGCGCGAGUGGUUUGUGGUGAGGAAAGCAGAGGUGCGGAUGUCUGAGGACAAUACCCUGAUUCCGCAUGUGAAGAUGGGAGUGGAAGCCCGAGAGCAGGUGGUAACACCCAAGGGAUUGGAAGAUGCAGCAGUCACACUUCCACAGCACCCGUUGAAGAAGUUCGCAGAUGCUUUCACCAGGAACUUUGACCUGAUUGCUGAGCGCAAGAGCGUAGUGUUCCACUUGCGGGAGCUCGCAAAAGCCUCGGUGAUGGCAAAGUACCUGAUUGACUCUAAGGCUCGCCUUGACCCUACCUGGUAUCAGAUCGCAGAUGACAUUGUGGGAGCCACGGAGCCAGAAGCUUACCCUGAGAUACCACAGCUUUGGAACAUGCGUGGCAAUUCGCGCAUUCAGCUGAAGGACGGCAAGCUGGUGGAUGUCAUCACCGGUGGCUACAGCAAUUUGCAGGCCAUCUACGGUGGUGUGGAGUUUGGUCUGGACAGGUUUGAGCUUGCUCAGCGUCAUGCCUUGCAAGGCCAACAGAAGCCUGGGGUUCCCUUGGCGCAGUCCGGACGCCCGUUGUUCAUGCCGCAACGAUUCCAGCUGGGACAGCGCGCAGAGAUGCCACAGGGUGUGGAUUUGAACUUGGACAAGUUUUCCCUAUCUACUGAGGAGAGGUUUGUUGGUCGACUGCCGCCCUGCAGUGGUGGCCCCGAAUCCAUGGAGGGCCGCUCCCAGCUUGGAAAGGCUUUCUUGCAAAGCUUGCAUCAACAGACCUGGCCCGGCAUGAAAGAGGAGAACCAGAAGCUGCUUGUGGACAUCUACAACGUACCCCAGUGCGAUCGCACACAGGAAGGAGACAGCUUCAUUCCACCAGAUCCAAACAUGGAAUAUGUCACCAAGGUUCGCACGUUGGUUUCUGAGGAGGAGUCCACACGUGACAGAAGAAAGCAGCGUUUCGCAGACAAGACCUUUUCGGUUGCCAAUCCUGGUCCUGAUUUUCCACGGGCUUGGACCUCUCGCUUUCAGGUGGAGACAGACGGUCGCAUUUCAAAGACAGCUCCGACGAAAUUUGGCCUUGCAAAGCUUGAGGUGGACUCCGUCUUUGAACAGACUCUUUUGAAUGACAUCCUCCCAAUGGCAGCCCCGGAGUUCAACAAGAUCACAGAGGAUGGAGUUGCCUUUCGCAUCUACAAGAUUGGAAGUUUGGAGGUGCGAAGCAUCCAAGAGGCUGAGGGCUCCGAGAAGGUCUGUGUGGUUUUCUCCAGUGGCACCGCGGCCUGGCAAGCGCAGAGCAGCAAGGCCGAGGGCGCUUUGGCCAAGGAGAGCCUCAGCAAGUGCCGAAUUUUUGUGGAAUCCCUGGACCAGGAGGUCCAGAUGGAUCAUGCCUCCUGCCACUACUACACAGUGCUGGAAACCAAGCAGGGCAGCAUCAUUGUGACUGAGAUCUUGGAGAAUGGUGAGGUGUCCUGGGUACAGAACCCAAACAACUUGGAGGAUCGCAACUCGUUGGCCAAGCUGCUGUUCCAAGUGGACUGCAAGGAGGGCGUUUCCGUCAGAGAUGUCUUGGACUUGCGCUCCAGUACCUGGAGCCGGAAACACUACAGCAAGGCCAUCUACAAGUUGGUCUCUGGCCGCAGCUUCCGUGGCCAAUGGGGUGGCCAGGUACGUCGCUACACAGCUCCGCCUCCCGCUGGCAUCGCAGAGUUGGGCAACACCAAGGAGGUGCUGAACGUUAUGUGGCUCGCGAGGAACGGCUCCAAGCGCCACUGAUGGGCAAGGCAAAGGUAGUAUAUCAGCAUCUAUCAGGAUUUAUCAGCAUCUAUCACUGCUUAGAGUGACCAUAGCUUGACUGCGGCCGGGGGUUGGAAUACCACAGCUUCUGUGACCUUCUUCGAAUCGAGAC